AUGAGACAGAGAAGCGGAUGCAAAGCUUGUCGUGAGCGUCACAUCAAAUGCGUGAAGCUGCGCGACUCGGAAAAAUGCAAAUAUUGCACUGAGCGCAAAAAGCCAUGCAUUCGCGGCAAUGCUUUUCGCUUCCGACCUGUCACGGCGGUCAAGUUCAACGCCGGCGAAGACAUAGGAUCCGCUGAACAGUCCCUUGAAUUCCAGGUGGGACAGCAGUGGGUUGAUAUUCCAAGCUCAUUGCACUUUGUUGAGCCGAACAAGGACAGCGAUGACGAAGAAGAGUACGAAGCUGGGCCGGAAAGCGAAGCGAAUCCCGAAAGCACGCCCAACACUCUUGACGUUGCAUCAAAAGCCCGGCGGCAAAACUCGAAUUUGAACAGAGUGUCUAGCGAAAGCCGACUGGCGUCGACGUACGAUGACCUAACCUCGUUCGCGGACCUUCCAACCUCAGGUUUCAAUGACACUAGCGAUCUGCCUUCCAUCCACGAGGUCUUGAACCCUCAAGUCCCAUCGUCCUUGGUCGGUGUCACUAGUGGUAUCAGCAAUAGUACGCCGCAAAGUGUUCGCGCCGUCUCUUCAAUAAGCCAACUAGUAAACACAAAUUGGCAGGCGAGCCCCGGAUCACUUCAACGUCUGUCACAGUCCCCGGGUCUAUCGAAGAAGAGCCCUUUCGGAUCGAUUAACAAUAAUCAAUCUCCUUAUAACUCUACGGCAUUCAGUCCUUCCUCAGCGCCAACACUCAGGUGGCCCGUGAACAACGCACACGAAGCCCGUCUCCUCCAUCAUUACCUCUUCUUUUGCACCUCGUGGAUCGAUGUGUGUGACUCACGGCGGCACUUUGCUACUGAGGUACCAAAACGCGCAGCCCACUUCCCCGUCAUUCUCAAUGGCAUACUGGGUGUUGCUGCAAGACACUCCUGGCUGAUGGGCAAGGCCGUAGAAGACGUGUCGCAGCCUUAUGUAGAUCAGUGCUUACAGGCGCUAAUCGUAGCACUUGAGGACCCACUGGCACAUUGGGAUGAGAACUUCCUCAUAGCCGUUAUCCUGCUUCGGCUUCACGAAGAGAUGGGCGAUGCCGACGAACACUGCCACCACCUCGGUACUGCCCGUAUACUAAACAGUAUCUCCUCCUUCGCCGCAGACGGUGGCCUCCGCGAAUCAGCAUCCUGGGUUUCUCUCCGCCAACACAUCUACGUCUCUCUCACGACUCAAAAGCCGCUCAACCUAAGCCUCGAUAACUACCGCCACUCAGCUGUGUUCAGCGAGUUUGACGACGAAAGCUGGGCGAAUCGCAUCAUAUUCCUGUUCGCCGUCGUCCUGCAAACUGUCUUCGGAGGCACAAAUAAUGGCAGCGAAAACAUCAGCCGCGAAACAUGGAAAGAACUGAACGAUGAAGUCGAGGAAUGGGAGCGGACGAAGCCCUGGACUUUCUCGGCCUUCCAUGUCGAACCCGAUGCGGGCGACAAGUUUGAUGGAAGCUGGCCCGAACUGCUCUGUCCACAGGGGAUCGUGGCAGUCGGGCUGCAGUAUUACCACCUUUGCAAGAUACUGCUCACGAUAUACUCGCCUAACGCGUCAUUAGUCGGGCUGGCAGGUGUUCGGGCUAGGAAAUCUACCGACGCGGCUGUUCGCAAGCACAUGAGGAUAACCAUAGGGUAUGGCGUGAGUAACAGUCAUUGUGGUAAUGCUAUGUUCCAGGGUAGUCACAUCUUGAGUGCAUGUGGAGCUUAUAUCAUCGAUCCGCGGGAGCAGCAAGCUUGUGUAGAAUAUUUGGAACAGUUGCAGAGACUGAUAGGGUGGAGGACAGAUGGCGUCUUGAGGGAUCUUCGAGAGCAAUGGGCUUUUUGA